UGAGCUGAACACUUGGACUGUGGAAGUACAUCUGUGAGCUGAACACUUGGACUGUGGAAGUACAACUGUGAGCUGAACACUUGGACUGUGGAAGUACAACUGUGAGCUGAACACUUGAACUGUGGAAGUACAACUGUGAGCUGAACACUUGGACUGUGGAAGUACAUCUGUGAGCUGAACACUUGGAUUUUAUGACUACAGUUGUGAGCUGAACAGUUAAACAAGGAGAUUACAUCAAAAAGCUCAGCAGGAUGGGAAAGCUGAACCACUUCUUGAUUUUCCUGAACAACCCUCAGGCGGUAUAUUUUUGUGGACAGGUGAUAGAGGGCUACGUUAGCGUUGACCUCAAGGAGCCCAUGAAGAUGAGAGGUCUUAGGUUACUAUUCGAAGGAAGGGCUAAUGUCCACUGGACAGAAGAACAUACCACAGGCACCGGCGAGGACCAAAGUACAGAGACAUGCGAUUACUCAGCCAAGGAGAGCUACUUCAGUCAGAUCUUGGUGUUGUAUGGAAAAGCUCAAGGGGCUGGUGGGGAUAACCCUGUUCACCCUGCUGGCCAGCACGCAUACCCCUUCAGGUUACAGCUUCCGUAUGGUAUCCCUUCAUCGUUCGAGACAACAGUGGGGCAGGUGCGAUACACCAUCAGUGGAGUCAUUGAUAAACCCUGGAAGUUUGACCACAAAACCAAAGCUGCCUUCACAGUUAUCAACCUGCUGGAUUUGAACCGAGAACCCUUGGCUUUGUCAGUGCCCCAGGGGCAAAACUCUAAGACGCUGUGUUGUCUCUGCUGUAAGUCUGGUCCCAUUGAAGCUGUCUGCCGUCUGGAGAGAAUGGGCUAUGUCCCAGGGGAAGCCAUUGUCAUCAAUGCUGAAAUCACCAACGGGUCAAGUCGCAAAAUGUCCUGUUCGUAUGCUGAGCUAUCACAGGUCAUCUCUUUCCACGCGAGCUCAAAGACCAAAUCUUCCACUACAGUGAUAGCCAGGGUGAACCACAGUGAGAUCGCCCCAGGGGGAUCUGAUGUGUGGUCCGGGGACAGGCUCCAUAUACCACCCAUCCCCCCAUCCAGGCUGGACGGCUGUAAUAUCAUCGAUAUAACCUAUAUACUGAAGUUUUGUGUCGAUCCUUCUGGGCCAGCCUUUGACCUCCAGAUCCCUCUUAACAUUCUGAUUGGCUCAAUUCCUCACCAAAAAGUUGUGGAGAGACACGCUAACUUUGGACCACCAGGUGGAGCCUCGGGAUUUGCCCCGACCAUGAAUCCCUCAUCACCUGCCAUGCCUCCAGCACCAGGGGCAACUCCGUCAGCACCGGUGUUACCGCCAAACAUGCCCCCGCCAUCUUAUGCUGAGUGUGUGUCUGGCAAGGUGACCAUUCGUGAUGAGGAAGACAAUGAGUACACAGGUGGAAACCUGGAGUACACUCCCAGAUAUACCUACUACAACUGGGAGGACAGCAGCAACCAAAACCCAAAGUGGUCCCCACCAUUUAUAGUGGACAGACCAACAUGA